CUUUUCAUGCUUUUGGUUAUGAUGCAGAAAAUCAAUACAUGGAAUUAGCAGAAAAAGAUGAGCACAAAAUGUAUUACUAUUUUAGAAGGUUCAAAAUGCUACUUUUCGGCACACAUGGGAAGGUACUGAUAAUUAUAUAUGCAGAAAUUAAAAUACAUCAAUAGGUAUGAAAUAUAUAGCUUCACACCUCUGAUCAUAUUGUUGUCCACAUUUUUAGAUAUAGAACUAGAUUGCGUUCGUCCGCUUGUGAUCUAUUAAGAGAUUGUAAUUUUACCUGGUACAAAUUUUUCACAGAAGGAGAUGAGUGAUCAAGAUCCGGGCUUGCGACCCAAUGCCGAUGUCACGCUUUUGUCUUUGUCUUAUCCCGUCUAUAACUCUGACACCCGCCAAUGGAUUUUAAAAAUGUGUGGCGUAAUUGUUUCUCUUAACGAAAUAAUGUUUACAGGUUUCCUAUCCGAUUAGUAACUUUAGUAUUCAUCAAAGCAUUUGUAGACGGAGGUUAAUGCUUGAAUAACAAUGUUACAUCCGUGAAAAGAUCAGCUGUUUUUUUAAGAGCCAAACAUUGACUGUGCAAGAUAUCCGGUCAAACGCAUGCAUAAUCAUAUUCUUUGUAUAUGCAUUUAAUUUACAUAACCUUUACAAAUUAAUGUACACAUCUUAGUAUGUUAACAGAUGUCGGCGGACUAAAAACAACAACCAAUUCUUAUCAGUAAGUCUAUUUAUAUAUUCUUCCUUUGAAUGUUUAAUUUUAUUGUUAUUUGACAAUUUGUAUGCCUCUUCGUCUCACAAGCUUGCCGUGACAGUGACAUGUAUUAAACUAUCAGUUAUGCUUUAUUUUUCAAAACUCUUAUCAAAGCAUCUUACGAAAGAAACUAAAGUCAAGGAUGAAAUGGGAAAGGAACUUCUGGCUAUAGAUGUGUUUGCAAUGUCUAUCAAGUUUAUGGUUGAUGAUUUGAUGGUUGUUGUCAGUCAGCGCUUGACUGGGAUGAUAACAGAUACCGACAUCCACUGGGUGCUUACAGUGCCAGCGAUAUGGUCCGAUCCUGCAAAACAGUUCAUGAGGCAGGCUGCAACAAAGGCUGGUAUAACUACAGAAAGACUGACAAUAGUCCUUGAACCGGAAGCUGCCUCGUUAUACUGUCGGCAUCUUCCUGUAAAUACAACCGUUACUGAUGGUAAUUUGACAAUAUCCGAAGUUCCAAAUGGAUCAAAAUACAUGGUUCUCGAUGCUGGAGGGGGAACAAUUGAUAUCACAGUUCAUGAAGUUCAAAGUCAGUAUACCUUACGAGAAGUCAGAGCUGCAAAUGGAGGUGACUGGGGAGGAAUCAUGGUUGAUAAGGCAUUUGAAAACUUUCUCUGUGAUUUAGUUGGUGAAACGGUGUUUAAAACUUUUAAACAGUUGAAAACGGAAGAUUGGCUAUAUAUGAUUCGUGAGUUUGAAUACAAAAAACGAGAAGCAGGAAUUGAUUCGGGGGAAAAGGUAGUUAUGCAUUUUCAUGCGUCACUCACUGACGUAUUCGUAAACAAACAGCAAACACACAUGACAAUCAAGGAUGCAAUAGCAGCAUCCACAUACGCAGAAACAGUAGAAAUAAAGAGAGACAAGUUGAAAAUAUCACAUUCGGUUUUCGAAACAUUAUUUGAGGAGUCAUUACAUCACACUGUUGAACAUUUGAAAAGAUUGCUAAAAGAUGAAAGAAUGGCUGAUGUUAGAACUAUCCUUAUGGUUGGAGGGUACUCGGAGUCCCCGUUAUUGCAACGUGCAAUGAAAUCAGCCUUCCCAGAAAUGCAGGUAGUUAUUCCACAGGGAGCGUCAUCGACAGUACUGAGAGGCGCCUUGAUCUUCGGUCACAACCCCGCAUCAAUAACCGAGAGGAUACUUCGGUAUACGUAUGGUACAGAUAUAGCUGUGCCAUUUCUGGUGAGAAAGCAUCCACAAAACAGACGCGUAAAGACUGAUGUUGGCGUCAGAUGUAAAGAUGUCUUUGAUAUACUUAUUGUAAAGGGUACGAAAGUAAAGAUAGGUGAAAUGCAAAUAAAUGAAACUUAUUACACCGGUUACCGUAACCAAAGAUCGAUGUUAUUUGGAAUAUACGUUUCCAGUGAGAAAGAUCCAUUAUAUAUAGAUGACAUAGGGUGUUCAAAACUUGGGGAAAUGAUAAUAGAAUUUGAGGAACUAGACGAAAAUCCUAGACGUGCAGUUAAUCUAUCUAUGGUACUUGGUGGCACAGAAGUCAUUGUGGCACUUGAAGAUGAAAAGACUGGGAAUAAAGUUAUAAGUUCAACAGUAUUUAAGAUUGAAUGAUAAUAUCUGAUAAUCUGACAGUUAAAAAGAAAAAGAGAGUAUGGUACUAAUUAAACAGAACAGUUUAGGUAUAUAUAGAUAUGUUAAAGACAAAGAAUGACCUACUUUCUUGAAGUGGUUAUGAUAAAAAAGCAUGCAGACCAUUCACUUUUACAAUUACAAUUUUACCACAAACAAUUUAAUAUUCUGAAUAAUUGAGGCCUCGAUACAGCUGUUAACUAAAGUAUAAGCAACUAAAAAUUGGAAAAUAAAUUACAUAAAGAUAAUUAUCUUUGCAAACAGGUGUUAAAUGUAUUUAAUUGUAAUUAGUUUAAAAAGACACUGACCAGUUUUAAAAUAUGUUAUCACUUUGUUAUGCAAAUUCAACAUUAUGAUACUAUACAGUUUGAUACAAUGCACCUGUACAUUAAUUUUCUGAAACAUUGUUGAAAACGGUGCUAAACCCAACAUAAACGAGAAAUGAAAAAGGAUUAUUAUUGUAAUCGACUAAAUAAAGUUUAUUUCUUAUCUCCGUAUUACCGUCCAGCUGCAUGGAAAGUUUUGUGAUGAUAUGUUGUCGCAAGAUCAAGAUUUUUCAAAAGGACAAACUGAUUUAAAAAAUAUGAAAAUACAUUGAAACAUGUGUUCUUAAGUUAACAUAAAGUCAUGACCUAUUUAGUGACUACUUUUCAAUAAGGCGAUAGAAAAUGAAAUUUUAUCUCUAUAACAUUAUACUGUGACGUACGAUUCUUUCAAUAAAGUAAGCUACUGGUAAAUUAUAAUAAUGAUAUUAAAUGGGCUGGAGCCAGGUGUUAUUAUGCACCCAAUGAUAAAAUAAUUGUUUAUUAUCAAAUUACUUGUGGAGAGACUGUUUGAAUACUGGAAGUGAGUUUGGGGUUUCGCUCUUUGUCUUUGAAUACCAAUAUGCAUUUAUGAUUCACUGAUGUUCGAACACUUGCUAAAUAAACUUCGGUAAAUUCUUUUAGGGACCAUUUUUGUCAAGAGACCGUGUUUUUGUAUUUCGUAUCAAUGGUCUCUAUAGAAGUUGUUCAGAACUAGACAGCAAGCAUCCUAAAAUAUUUGAAUGUCUGUUAUACAUUACAUUGUUGUUAGAUAGUAUAACAAAAUAUUGUAUGAUGUAGA